AAGGCCCCCGCCGAGCGCGGCGGCGGCGGCGGCCGGAGGACGGGGGGAGAGGGAAGCCCCCAAGAUGGCGAUGCUGGCGGAGCCCCGUAGAAGGCAGAAGUGGUCUGUGGAUCCACGAAACAGUGCCUGGAGUAAAGAUGAAUCUAAAUUUGGCCAGAAGAUGUUGGAAAAGAUGGGCUGGUCCAAAGGAAAGGGUCUCGGGGCUCAGGAGCAAGGGAAUACAGAACAUAUCAAGGUUCAUGUGAAAAACAACAUGUUGGGGUUAGGAGCAGCCAUCAAUUAUGAGGACAGCUGGAUUGCUCAUCAGGAUGACUUCAACCAGCUUCUGGCUGAACUGAAUGAUUGCCAUGGACAGGGUGAAACAGAGUCCUCAGCAAGUGAUCAGAAGAGAUUUAGUCUUGAAGAAAAAUCCAAAUCUUCCAAGAAACGUGUCCAUUAUAUGAAGUUUGCGAAAGGUAAGGAUCUCUCUUCCCGCAGUGAAGAUGAUCUAUCCUGCGUUUUUGGGAAGCGACAGAAGAAUACGAAGGCACAGGAGGAUGUUGCCAAUUCUGAGUCUCAGGAAGAGAAGCAGAGAGACCCCUGGCUAUCUGAGCCUGCAGAAAGUGCCAACACAGUGAAGAGUGUUCUCACUGUACAGGAAUAUUUUGCCAAGCGCAUGGCAAAAUUGAAGGCAUCCCAAAAUGAAACUGAAACAAAGUUAGACAAUUCUUGUCUAGCAGAUGAAGCCUUAGAGCCUUCAGAAGAGCUGAAAACCAAAGCCAAAAAGAAAAAGAAGAAGCAGAAGAGGGAAGAGGCAGAGAAUUCAGAACACAACGAGAAACCAGAAGUGAAACAACAUCAGCUAGGUAGCUUGAACGGAGAGGAACUGGAUGCUCCGUAUGAGGAAUGUCACCGUAGAAAAAAGAAAAGAAAACAAAAAGAGCAACAUGAAGGGGAAAGCAUUAGUUGUUAUGAAAAUACAGGCAGUGGAGAGGUUUAUGUGGAAAUACCUGAUGAGGAAGAGUGCAGCAUAAAAGACUCUGAUCAGGCAAAGCAAAAGAAGCGCCAUAAGAAGAAACACAAAAGACAAAAAGAGGAGACAGAUGAGUGUACUGCAGAAACACAGAGAAAGAAGAAAAAACACUGCAAGCAGAUUUAACCAUUUAACAGUCAGGCUGUGACUUUGAGAUGAUUUGGACUUUAUCAUGUUGGACGAGAAGGCGAUGUAAACACACCAGCCAGACGUCAGGUUGUAACUCAGUCUUGAGCGUGCUGCUCGGUGCCGAGCUGAAACCACAGAUUGUGUUUAAAUAUAGCUCUUUCAAGGGGGUGAGAAGACGGUGAGAGGCCAGUGUGAACGUCAAAGCCAUGUUAAAAAGGUCUCCAUGCACAGGGCCAAGAUUUUUUCAUGUCUGCAGAGCAAACUUAGUAAAAACAGUUAAGCUUUGUCUCUUCGAGCAUGGCCAACUGUUCACCCUUACUGACUUUGCAAGAGCUAUGUUUUAACGCAGCAGACCCUGUGCUGCCUUCAGCCCGGAUUCACUCUGGUGUGACCCUGUUCAUGUAACAUGACAGUAAGCAAGAUCAGGCCUAGUUUUAACUGCUGUGUAGAAGGCCUUGGUAGGUUAUAAUUGUGAGAGCCAGUAAAUUGCUGUCCACGGCAUCGCACUGACUGCAUUUUUUUCAAUCCAGGGAGAGAAAAAAAAGUCAUGCUGCCUUUAUUCUUAAAGCCACUGUUGUUUCCACUUGUGAUAGCCCAGCUCUGCUUGUGGAAACAGAGGUUUUGCAAAGUUGUAUGUAAUUUUUUUCAUUGAUUUCCUUUUAUAUAUAAAAUAAACACUGUUUCUUCUCCAAAUACUUAGUCUAAUUAAAAGAUUAUGCCUGAGUGUCAGUAUUAAAGAAUGAAACAAAAUAACUCCCUUUUUUCCCUAGCCAGUAGUUAACUAUUGUCAAGCUGUUGUAACUUUGCAACAGAGCUUUAGGAGCUGUGCCUUUAUUAGCCAUAUCUAAAUCUCUGGUUCCCCGGCAACAUUCAUGAUACCUUCGCUGAUGGAUCCGGCCUUCAAAACAUAACCUUGGUGGAGCAAGCUGUUCUGUGAAAUUGGGAGGCCAAAUAGAUUUUAAAAGCACUGAAAUCUUGCAAUUUAAACUUAUAACUGAAUUAGAGCCUGUUUCUAAUGGCAGACCUGGAAAUAAGUAAUACUGGAACUCAGCACUCACAUAAGCAGUUUUAUUUAAGGGUUUAAAGAAUCAGGAUUCAUUUCAGCAUUUUCGUCUCAUCCAGCUACGAGUUGCCAGAAGAGACGAGUGAAGUCAUGCAAUGGGAAGAAGCAGUCGCCAUCCUUGAGUCUGGUUCUGAUCUCACCUCGGCCACGGAAACUUGAAAGCGCAACCCUGAAACCCAGCUGGUUAUCACGGUGUAAUCCCGGGCAGCUGACCAGGAUUUGAAUCCAUUAACUGUUCAUUGCUGACUUCAGGCCUGGCUGUGUUUCAUAGCUGUAAAUCUAAAACAUCCCAUUGUCCUGUUUCUCUGAAUAAAAUGAGUACGUUUUUUA